CUCUCGGGAGCCGGCGGGUCUGGCGCGGCAUGUGGGCCCCGCUGCGGGUGCGGGGCGUCGGCGGGGCCGCGCUGCGGGUCCUGCGGGCCGUCGGGGGUGCCGCGCUCCUCCCCAGCCGCGCGCGGGGCCUGCACGGCUCCGCCGUUGUCUGCGGCUCCAAGAACCUGCUCAAGAAAUUUGCCUCCAAAACCAAGAAGAAGUUUUGGUAUGAGAGUCCUUCUCUGGGGUCUCACCUGGCCCACAAGCCAUCCAAGCUGGACUUCCUCAACAAGAAGACCUCAAAGACCACCACCAAGGAAGACCAUGUGCGCCUGAGGACCUUGAACAGCCUCCUUCUCAAAGCACUGACAGAUCUGCUGUGCACCCCUGAAGUAAGCCAGGAAGUCUAUGACCUGAACGUGGAGCUCUCCAAGGUCUCGCUGGCUUCGGACUUCUCAGCCUGCCGUGUGUACUGGAAGACGGGUCUCUCCGCCGACCAGAACAAGCACACAGAAGCCGUCCUGCAGAGGAGCGCGGCACACAUGAGACACCUGGUGAUGUCCCAGCAGACACUGAGGAAUGUGCCCCCCAUAGUGUUUGUUCAAGACAGAAAAGACACAGUUCUGGCCAAGGUGGAUGAGCUACUGGCAGCUGCCGACUUCGGACCCCCAGAUGAGAAGGACGGUUUGGCACAGGCUGAUUUGAGGAAUCCAGGUGCCCUGUCACCAAAUGAUUCCCGGGGACCUGCUGUGCACUCAUGUCUGUGUGGGAUUGAUCAUGAGGCACUCAACAAGAAAGUAAUGGAGUACAAACGGCGGAAGGAAAAGGGGCUCAGGGGUGUGGAGUUGGUGCCGCCGCUGCAGGACCAGCAGCAGGUGGCUAGGCUGACACAGCCGGUAAGGAGGAAAAAGAAGUCUCUGCCCUGCCAGGACUGGGAUGCCACGCCUGGGAGUGAGGAGGAGGAGGGGGAGAAGGGACGUGGGAAAGGCACCGCGGGGUGCUGAGCAGAGGAGCUGCGGGCCGGGAGAGAGGUGGGGCACAGGCCUCCCCAGGGUGCCUGGGAGCAUUGUGCGUGUAUGCAGAGGAGUCUGCACGGUGAUCCUCAGUGCUGGUGUGUCCGUUCUGCUGCUGGACAUUCAGAGCUUUACUGUAUAUUUAAAUACAAUUUGCUACCAAAGCUCACAGUUGA